UUAUAUGAUAAUAUUAACCGAAAGGAAAAUGGAAGAUAGAUACAGAAGAGAAGCGGAGGAAGGCGAAGACGUAGUUGUUGUUUGUGACCUCGGAUCAGAUCUAUUAGCUAACCACUGAUUCUGUCUUUCUUGCAGAUUUCGUUGUCAUUUCCUUCGUUUCGCAUUACUAGCUAAGUCUUGAGCAUUCAUUCACGUACACAUACAUGGUUAUUGGUGGCUUUAGGGUUUUGCAAGAUUUCCUUUUGGAGCUUUCUGUCUCUGCGUGUGCUGCUAGGCUAAUGUAACCAAUUCCAGAGUUGGAGACACCUUUUUUAAUCAUUAUCAUUCACUUACACAUGACUUCAACCACACUGUCCACCUCUCCACCACUCUUUGCAAGGACAUCCGCUGAACCUACUCAAACCCACAUUUCCGAUGAUCCAUCAUCCUUUAUGCAGUCCCAGGAUGCCCCUGAUAUUGACCAAAUAGAGUUACUCUCUGUGUCCUGGAACCAGGAUUAUGGCUGCUUUGCUGCUGGCACAUCCCAAGGUUUUCGUAUUUAUAAUUGUCAACCCUUUAAGGAAACCUUCAGACGUGAUCUCAAAUCCGGGGGUUUCAAAAUUGUUGAAAUGCUCUUCCGCUGCAACAUUUUGGCACUUGUCGGCGGGAACUCCAAUUUUCACUACCCUCCAAACAAAGUUAUAAUCUGGGAUGAUCAUCAAAGUCGCUGCAUUGGUGAAUUUGCAUUUAGGUCUGACGUUCGAGGUGUCAAAUUAAGGCGUGAUCGCAUUGUUGUGAUCCUGGAGCACAAGAUAUAUGUCUACAGUUUUAUGGAUCUCAAGCUUCUUCAUCAAAUUGAGACUUUGGCCAAUCCUAGGGGCCUUUGUUGCCUUGCUCACCAUUCUAAUACAUCUGUAUUGGCUUGUCCUGGUCUUCAUCGAGGACAAGUUCGAAUUGAACACUUCGGCCUCAAUAGGAUGAAACUAAUUAAUGCUCAUGAUUCUCAUAUUGCCUGCUUGACCUUGACAUUUGAUGGUCUACUUCUUGUAACUGCUAGUACCAAGGGUACCUUGAUAAGAAUAUUCAACACAAUGGAGGGAACUCGCUUACAAGAGGUACGAAGAGGAGUGGACAGAGCAGAUAUCUAUAGCCUUGCCCUCUCGCCAAAUGCCCAAUGGUUGGCUGUGUCGAGUGAUAAGGGAACUGUUCAUAUAUUUCACCUUCGAGUUAGAGUUUUUGGGGAGGAUUCAUCUUCUCGACAAUCUUCUGUCCAAGGUCCAGCAUUAUUUCAUCAGAAUUCUUCAACUUCACUUGAUGCUCUUAUAACUCCAAGCACUGGUGCCAAUCCUGGUUCAUCAUUGUCUUUUAUGAGAGGGGUUUUACCAAAAUAUUUUAGCUCAGAAUGGUCAUUUGCUCAGUUUCACUUACCUGAAGAUACCCACCAAUUUAUUGCAGCAUUUGGAUCUCAAAACACUGUUAUUAUUGUUGGCUUGAAUGGGAGUUUCUACAGGUGCAGUUUUGAUCCCGCUAAUGGUGGAGAGAUGUUGCAGCAGGAAUAUGUCAAGUUUUUGGAAACUGAUAGCCGGCCUAGGUAGAAUUGAAUCCAGACAGAUGCCUCUGAUAUUGUACAAAUGGAUCCAAUAUCUUUCACAUGUACAUAUCUUAAAAUCUUCCAUGAAAUGCUGCAUGCUUCUUGUUGUAUAAUGUCCAAGAAAUUGCUGUUCCAGGUACUUUGUAUAUGGGUAAUAAAUUGCUGGUUAACGGCAAUAUUCCACUGGACUAAAAUUGGCUCUAUAUAAGAGACAUAUUUCCUGGUACU